CGGAAAUUAUCUAUACAUUUGGCUGGGAAAAUGGCGAACCGAACUGUGAAGGAUGCUAAUAGCAUACACGGGACAAACCCACAGUAUUUAGUUGAGAAAAUUAUACGAACACGCAUAUACGAGUCAAAAUACUGGAAAGAAGAGUGUUUCGGACUGACGGCUGAGCUGGUUGUGGACAAAGCAAUGGAAUUGAAGUAUGUUGGUGGAGUUUAUGGAGGGAAUAUCAAACCCACGCCGUUCCUUUGCCUGACUCUGAAGAUGCUACAGAUCCAGCCUGAAAAGGAUAUCAUCGUGGAGUUCAUUAAAAACGAGGAUUUCAAGUAUGUCCGUCUGCUUGGAGCCACGUACAUGAGACUGACUGGCUCUUCAGUGGACUGCUACAAAUACCUUGAGCCACUUUACAAUGAUUACAGAAAAAUCAAAAGCCAGAACAGAAAUGGAGAAUUUGAACUCAUGCAUGUGGAUGAGUUCAUAGAUGAGUUGCUACAUGCAGAGAGAGUAUGUGAUGUUAUCCUGCCCAGGUUACAGAAAAGGCAGGUCUUAGAAGAGGCAGAGCUUCUGGACUCUCGUAUAAGUGCUCUGGAAGAAGACUUGGAUGAGGUUGAAACCAGUGAAGACGAGGAUGAAGAAGAGGAGAAGCCAGAGAGAGGACCAUCUCCAGAGCCACACCGACGGGGUUACCGUGACAAUGACCGGCCGCGCCGCUCCCCCUCACCACGCUACAGACGCAGUCGUUCACCAAGGAGGAGGAGCAGGUCACCAAAAAGACGCAGUCCCUCCCCAAGACGGGAACGCCACCGCAGCAAGAGCCCCCGCAGGCACCGCAGCAGGUCCAGAGAUAGGCGCCACCGCUCCAAGUCCCCAGGUCACCACAGAAGCCACCGGCAUCGCAGUCAUUCCAAGUCCCCAGAAAGAUCAAAGAAGAGUCACAAGAAGAGCCGAAGAGGAAAUGAAUAAUUUUUGUAAAACAUUUUUAUCAAGAUCUAAGGGACUUUACCUUUAUUCUACAGAUUACUCAGACUCUGCAUAUCUCUUAAAGGACAUAUGCAGGAUGUUCAAGUAGCUUUUUUUUGGAAACUUUUUAUUUGUCAUUUUUAGAUCUGUGUGCAUAUGUAAUUAAAUUGGAUGUUUUGGAAGAA